AUGAAUACAGAUACAAUAAUUAGAAACGGGUUCAGGGCGACAGGUAUUCAUCCCCUACAACCAGAAGCAGUAUUAAGAAAAUUACCAGAUUACAAAGAAAACAGGGAACCACAAACAUUUGACGAAACGCUCUUAAAUUUUUUGAAGGACUCCAGGUCACCGUCUGUUUACAACACUGCAAAACGACGCAAUAAAAAAAUUUGUACAAAACCAGGGGAAUCUGUUUCUACCGAUGAUUUCAGAUUGUGUGCAAAUAAUUUAUUGGAUACUAAACCAUCGAAUAAUUCAUCUGACGAUGAACCAUCGACCAAAGACUUAGAUACAAAUAUCAAUUCCACUAUUUCGCCAGGAACUAGUGUCUGUGUAGACAAAAGGUUACAUAUUUCAAGAGAUCGCUUUUUGUUCCGUAAGUCAGCAGUUAAUAAAAUGAGUACCGUUCCACAAAGAAAACAAAUUAAAAUAUUGUCAGAUAUAGUAUUAAAUUCAUCAAAUAAACGAAAAAAUCGUAGUUCCAGUAGUUUGUCGCUAUCUUCAUAUUCUCUACAUGAUUCUUCUGACGAUAGUCUUUUUGUACCCUCUAAUAGCGAUACAGAAAGUUUCCAUGGCAGUGAUUUAAAUUUAACGGAAGAAGAUAACUAUACUGAUGAUAAAAUAGGAAUUGGGGAUUACGUUUUGGUUAAAUUUUUAAGCGGCAAAAAUGCCAAAUACUAUGUAGGUAAAAUAAUUGAUUGUAAUAAUAAUGAAUUCACGCCUUUAGUCGAAGACAUAUCGGUAAUUACGCGGCUCGAUAUUCAAAAAAAAUUACCUAAACCCAUAGUUGGUCGUCGUGGUGAAUUAAAAUUUAGUAUAGACUGCAAAAUUCCAAUGUCAAAUAUUUAUUAA